AUGUAAGCCUUAAGAUAAUUUUAUCAAAGUAGAUACUACAAAAAAUCUUUAUAUGGUGUGAUUGGUUUAGGAGUCAUAGGCGCCAUUCUAGUGGUUUCAACUAAAAUAAGAAAGCAAUAAUCAAAGUAGCAAUCCCUUAACCAAUUUCAAUCUAAUGAAUAAUCCUUAUAAGGAACAAUAUUCAAUAAAUUGGAUAAAUGCUCAUUAUCUAACAUAGAUUAAGUGAAAACAUUGAACACUUCAAUUUCGCUUGAAAUUGAUUUUGUACAAUAAAUACUAACUGGAAGAGUAAUUUUAAAGAUGAAGGCCAUUAAAUCAGUGAACAAAAUAUAAUUAGAUGCUAAAAUGUUAUCUAUUAAAGGUGUAAAGGUAAAUGACUAAGAGACUUAAUUUCACUAUAAAGAAUUAGUUGUUAAGGAAUUAGGAGAUCAAUUAGAAAUAUUUACUGAAAAAUAAGAAAAUGAAGAAUUCCAGGUUGAAAUCAUAUAUUCAACUUAAUAAAAUAUUAACAACGAAUAGGUUGCACAAAACUGGCUUCAACCAUCUUAAACAUUUGGUAAUAAGCACCCUUUCUUAUUUACAUAAUCAGAAGCUAUUUAUGCAAGAUCAUUAUAUCCAUGCUAAGAUAGUCCAUCAAUCAAAUCAACUUUCGAUAUUGAAUUGACAGUGCCUGCACCCUUAAAAGCAUUCGGAUCAGGAUUGUUAGUUUAAGAAACUUCAAAGGAUAACAAGAAUAUAUUCUAAUUUAAAUAACCUGUGGCUAUACCUUCAUAUCUGUUUGCCAUCUGUGCUGGAGAUUUAGAGAAAAAAAAAAUUAGUGAAAGGACAUUUGUAAUAUCUGAACCUAUUUUAAUCAAUAAAUGUGCUAAUGAGUUCUCUGACAUGGAGAAAUAUCUUUCAACUAUUGAAGAGUAUUUAACACCUUAUAAAUGGAAUGAAUAUACUGUGAUUGUAUUACCUAAGGCCUUUCCUUAUGGAGGAAUGGAAAAUCCAAAUUUGACAUUUUUAUCACCUUCCUUGGUUGUGGGUGAUAAGAGUGAAACCGCUGUACUCAUUCAUGAAAUGAUACAUUCUUGGUCUGGAAAUAGUAUGACAUGUCAAAAUUGGGAAUGUUUUUGGUUGAAUGAAGGUAUCACUACUUUUAUUGAGAAUAAAAUGGUUGGCAAGAUUUUUGGAAAAGAUCAAUAGACAUUACAUGGUUUAUUAGGCGAUAAUAGUCUAUAGAAAAGUAUCAAUAACUUUGGGGCUGAGCAUACGUAUACUACAUUAUCUCCAAAACUUGACUAACAAAAUCCUGAUGAUUGUUUCUCUGUGAUUCCUUAUCAAAAAGGAUGUUAAUUUUUAAGAUUUCUUGAAGGUUAAAUUGGAGAAUAGAAAUUUUAAGAGUUUAUUAGAUUAAUAGUUUCUUAGGAUACAUUGAAUUCAGAAUAAUUCAGAAGUCUGUUGGAGAAGUUCCUUCUUGAAAAUAAUAUUGAAGGAGUAGAUAUUCAAUGGUAAUCAUGGAUUAUUGAUCCUGGAAUGCCAAAAGAAAAAUUAAAAAUAGAGGAAUAAUUUAGCAAAAAAUAUGAAAAAUUAGCGAAUGAUCUAUACGAUAAUUAAAUGCAAUUGGAUGAUUUCUAAAACUUACAUUCAAAUGAAAAAUGCUUCAUUUUAGAUUUAAUUGGAAACAAAGAUAUUGAUUAAAGAAUAUUGAAGAAUUUAGAAGAAGAGUAUCAAUUAUUUGAAUCCAAUAAUCCUGAGAUUUUGCAUAGAAUUUUAAUCUAUGGAAUCAAGAACAAUUAUCCUGUUGCAUUAGGUGAUAAAUUGAGUGAUUUUUUAAGAGCUAAUGGAAGAAUGAAGUUCAUAUGUCCUGUUUAUAGAGCUUUGGCUGAAAAAAACCGAGAAAUAGGAUUAAGAAUAUUCAAUAUGUGCAAAAAUAGUUAUCAUAGCAUAGCUUCAGCCUAAAUAUAAAAGAUGUUUGGAAUUUGA